CGCCAUUUUGUGCCGGGCGCCCGGAGGAAGCGGACGCUGUCUUGUCUCCGCGCCCGACGGGCCCUGACGCGAACCGAGCCGCUCUCGGCCCCGCGAACCAAUCCCGACUGGAUCUCUAGCCUCCCCGCUCCCUCCCCCGGGAAGUGAGGCGGCCAAGGGCGACUCCGCCGGGACACCAGUGCCGCCGCCGGCCGAGCCCCCCGCCCCGCGCCACCCCCAGCUCGCGCCGCUCGGUGCCCCCUCUGCGGGACAAUGCGAGGCUUCGGAGACCGGGGCCGCGACCGUGACCGCGGCGGGUUUGGUAGUCCUCUACCCCCAAAGAAAUUUGGUAAUCCAGGGGAGCGUCUACGCAAAAAGAAGUGGGACCUGAAUGAGCUGCCCAAAUUUGAGAAGAACUUUUAUGUGGAGCAUCCAGAAGUGGCCAGGCUAACCCCCUAUGAAGUUGAAGAACUGCGACGAAAGAAAGAGAUUACAGUUAGGGGGACAGAUGCCUGCCCCAAACCUGUGUUUGCCUUCCACCAUGCUAACUUCCCACAGUAUGUAAUGGAUGUCUUGAUCGAUCAGAAUUUCACAGAACCCACUCCAAUUCAGUGCCAGGGCUUCCCAUUGGCCCUCAGUGGCAGAGACAUGGUGGGCAUCGCUCAGACAGGCUCGGGAAAGACAUUGGCAUACUUGCUACCUGCAAUUGUUCACAUUAACCACCAGCCAUAUUUGGAGAGGGGAGACGGUCCAAUUUGUUUGGUUCUAGCUCCUACCCGAGAGCUGGCCCAGCAAGUCCAGCAGGUGGCUGAUGAUUAUGGCAAGUGCUCAAGACUUAAGAGUACCUGCAUAUAUGGAGGAGCACCCAAAGGUCCCCAAAUCCGAGACCUGGAGAGAGGCGUUGAGAUCUGCAUUGCCACACCUGGCCGCUUAAUUGACUUCCUGGAGGCAGGGAAGACCAACCUUCGCCGAUGUACGUACCUUGUGCUGGAUGAAGCGGAUAGGAUGCUGGAUAUGGGCUUUGAACCCCAAAUUCGUAAAAUUGUUGACCAGAUAAGGCCUGACCGGCAGACUUUGAUGUGGAGUGCCACUUGGCCAAAGGAAGUGCGCCAGCUUGCUGAGGAUUUUCUGCGUGACUAUGUUCAAAUCAAUGUGGGCAACCUGGAGCUGAGUGCUAACCACAACAUCCUGCAAAUAGUGGAUGUAUGCAUGGAGAGCGAGAAGGACCAUAAACUAAUUCAACUGAUGGAAGAAAUCAUGGCUGAGAAAGAGAACAAAACUAUCAUAUUUGUUGAAACGAAAAGACGAUGUGAUGACCUCACCCGAAGAAUGCGCAGGGAUGGCUGGCCAGCUAUGUGUAUCCAUGGAGACAAGAGUCAGCCAGAAAGAGACUGGGUACUUAAUGAAUUCCGUUCUGGAAAGGCUCCUAUCCUCAUCGCUACAGAUGUUGCAUCUCGUGGGCUAGUCUCUUCCUGCUCCUAAUGAACAGGCUUUGGUCUGCAGCAAGGCCUAGGCAUGACUAAUCGAUCGUCAAGAGGGAGAAGAGACGUCCAAUUAUGCAACCCAAUCCUUCCACUGCACCCACUUCCUCCCCACUUCCAGCUUUUUGCGGCUGGAUGGCUAGGGCUGGAUUGUUCCCAAUUUACAGAGGGGAUCAAAUAAUAGUUGAAAUAGAGAGUCGUGUGGGGGAGUAGGUCAACAUAAAAUAAUUAACAAUACAUAGAUGAAAUAUACAAAUAAAUCCCUACAUGCACAUAAUUUCCCCAUCAGAUGUGCUCACAUCUGGGAAAGCGUUGCUCCAGCUUUUCUGUUUUCACAAACAGCCUUCCCAGCUCUGUGUUGGUUGUAGGCAGGUUCUGUUAUAUGCCUUCAACAUAUACUGUCCAAGUGUGGUGUUGGAUCAGCAUUACAUAGAUCAUUUUCACAUCAGUGAAAUAAACUUUCUGGAUGCAUAAGUUAAAACGCCCCCUUUUAAUAAGUAUAUUUAUAGUAUGAAACCUUUGUGUUUAAACAUUAACCUUUCUCCCUUAUACGUUUGCCCAGUAUAAGUUUAGAAAUAUCUAAAGCAAUUUGGGUCCGUCUGCAUUCUUACACUUUCCAGACGUGGCAAAGACCAUUUCUGAGGGCCAUAUACCAGAGUUAUUUGCCACAAUGGAUCAGACCACUGAGGCACUCUUAAGUAAAACUAUUGCAAGUGAUCCAUCAAGAAGCACAGAGGGAAAUUCUGUGAUUACAGAAGAGUUUUAGUAUUUGAAACCGUUUUUUAUAUCCUGAAAGGGUGGCUGCACUGUGAAUCUCAAGGUCAUUUAAAUGUUGGCAAACUAGUGUGAGACUUGGCAGCCUUCAUUCACAUAACCUUCACCCCACCCCCAAAUUGUCUAACACUUCCUCUAAGAGGUGAUCAUAUGGACUUCAGUCUCUGCCCUCUAGGGUCAUGUCUGGACCUGUGCAGUUAGAACUUGGGCCUGUUGGGAGAAGGGACUGAGGCCGGAAACUAGUUUUUAUGAAAGAGAGCUGCUUUCUGUAGCAGUGUUUUUUUUAAACAGGCUUGCUAUGUGCUGGUAGCUUCUUUGUGCAUCUUGCCUAGACAUUUAAAACAGCCCCACCCCCCAAAAUGCUCCCUCAAAACAACUCAAUUGGAUACCUCUCGAGAAAACACUCUCCCCGUUCCCACUGCCCCACUUCACCCAAACUGUGGGGGAAAGGUACCAUAGUCUGUUUCUUGUUACUAAACAACAUCUCUGCUUGUUUUGGGGCCCUGAGUUUGCUGCUUUUUAAAAUAAAGUCACUUAACUGGCAAACUUCUGGACGACUUCCUCCAAGAUCCUGGAAAGUGAAGGCUACCACAUAAAUAACUUAAAACAGGGGUGCGCGCUUUUUGGCUGAGUCACCAGGGCUUUCCCUCAUCCCAAUGGAAUAUUGGUUUCCAAAAAGCUCCUUCCAGGUAAGUUCUGGGUCCCAUAAUGACUUCUUUGUGAUAAUCUCCCGGAGCGAGGUCCUCCUUCUGCACUGAUUUUUUUGUUUUUGUUACUCUUCACUCUGUUAAACUAAAAACAUUGAAUUUAUUUUGUUUUGUUUUCUUUAACAGAAGCUUUGAUAUCAGUUGCAGAUCAUUCUCAGUGCAGGUUCGGGGGCAUAUCUGCACUGGUGGUCGAAGCAGCUCUCUAGACAAGCAUGUCUGCUAAUUUAUAUCACUCCUGAUUAACAGUCAGAGACUCGAUCUGUGCCAUAGGGUAUUCUGGUUGUCUGACAAAGGGUGUGUGUCCCAGGCAGUUGGCCAGAUCACUUUUCCAAUUUGUUCUUGAUCUUGCUACAGUAUCUUCUAAAAGUGCAGGAAGAUUGACUGUGCACAAAUACAUGGAGCAUGCUAGACUGGAGAAACCAAAUCUUGUACUUGGCUCUGAUCUUUCUUCAGCCUGAUAUGUGCACAUACAGGACCACCUUUUUAAUCUGGAGAACAUCCACUGCCUUUUCUGGCCUUCCCCUCAAAAAAAUCAAGUCAGCAGUGUCUAUGCUAUUAGCUACAAUUCCAGGCGCUUUCUGCCAGGAAAGCGCUUCCCUGUAUCCACUUGGUAAUUCAACUCGCUUUGCUGCUCAUGGAUGUGCGGAAUAGGAUUGGCUAAGGAUCACGUAGCCUGCUGCUUGUCAGACUCUAGUUAAACUCUGUGAAGAUGUGAUUGUGUCUAUCAUAUUUGCCCCUCCCUUACCUUAUACUUUUCCCAUUAAAAUAUUCUUUGUUAUUGCACCAAGGACCCUAGUUGGAGACUCGCGCAGCCCCCUGUGAAAUCUGCCUUCUCACUCCCUUUUUGGUGUGAUUCAGGACUUUGGAGUCAGCAAAGACUAAGGAGACCCCUUUGCUGUAAUAAGAAACAGACAUAAAGUUCCCUCUUGCCACUGCAAACCCAUUGUUUUUAUUUUCUCCCUGUCCCCUCUUUGAAAUUGAGAAGUCUGGGCAAUAGAUGCAGUCUGACCCUUUGGAUAUAUUUUUUGUAUCUUCAUUUUUUUGACAUUCGCCCCUAUUAACCCCCGGUGGGGCCAAAAAGCGUUGGAGGACCUGAAAUUUUUACCUGAACCCAGGUUCUCCGGCACUUCACAACCAAAUGGGGCUACAGAGAAGCAUCUAAGCCAGUUCACAGAGCGAGCGUGUGUGGGGACUUCUCGCUGCCAUGGACCCUUGAUGCAUGCUCCCCGCGCUCCAGUGGUCCCGUGUCAGAGGGCGGAGUUUUCGAAAGGAGGCCGCCAAAAAUAAAAGGCAAAGAGACGGGAUCGGCUGCAGCGGUUUCCCACAGGAGGAGGGAGUGUGCAUCGGUCUGGUAACAAACAGAGAAUGUUUCUCUCUUUUAAAAAAAAAAAAAAAAAAUUACAAAAAUCUGUGUUUUAUCUUGGAUAUUUUCUGAAUAUUCUUCUUAAAAUGCAGAUUUUUUUCAUGAACUAAGGACAUUUUUUAUUGUAAUACCAUUCUAUUUUAACAUUGCUUACCAUAGCAAAUAUUUCUGCUACUGUAGGUGUUUUAACUAAAACGUUACACUAACAUUUACUUAGUUUCUGCCCCAUAAAUUUACAAAAAUCUGAUUUCCUAACAGAGACUAGAAUAUUUUGAUAUCUCCUAGGGUUUAAUGACAUUUUUGCAUAUGAUACAGCUUUUUUGUCUUUUUGAACACUCACCCAGUUCAGUCUAACAUUUGAAGUUUUGACUUGGACAACCUUAAAUUCUAUGACUCAGAUUCAAAAGUUUGCUAACACUGGGCUUAGUAGCAUGGUGAAAUGUUAGUGCAACGCAUUCUCAUGAUAACUAAGAAGGCAGGUAAAAUGUCUUAGUUGUGGUUUGAUAUAUUUUUUUAAAUAAUAAGUUGGCAGAAUUUGACUACCGUGGUGUAACUGGGAUGCCUUAAAUUCUAGGAUAGGGGAAGUCAUUCAUUAUAUUUUGUAGUCCUUAAAAUUCAUAGCAAAGUAAAAGCCUUUCAUUUUUAAUUUUCAUGUGCUUGAUUGGAAGGUAAGUGAUCUCAUUGCAGUUAGUCUUUAAUAGACUUCUCCCAACAGAGUAAAAGUCUCCCUGUGGCAGAUCUCUCCCUCUUCCACCCCAGCUUGCUGUGUCCACAACAAUGGUGGCAUUUUUAUUUGUUCCAGAUAAUCUUUCUCUGAAAGAGAGGGGACUAAAGUCAUUUAACAAAUUCAGACGGUGUUGUGUAAAGAACCUCUCAUGUGGCACAGAGAUGCAACAAGGGAAGGGUGAAUUUGAAUGGAGAGAACUGCUUUAAGACAUGCCAUCAGUUUUCAGGUCAUUGGCCUUUGACCCAUGCAUGGCUCAAAUUUAAACCUUCUACUCUUUUGGGAUGAGUCUCUUGUUUUUAUUCCGUUCAGUUACUAACUUGUUUUUUUCUCUUAUUACUGUCACCUGCAUUCGUGCUCCCCACCUUUCGUUGGCACGUCCUUCUCUUCCUCUCCCCUUUCCUCCACCUACCCCCUCACUGUGCUUCGCUACUUGGGCACCUCGCAAGAUGUGGAAGACGUUAAGUUUGUGAUAAACUACGACUAUCCAAACAGCUCUGAGGAUUAUGUGCACCGAAUCGGCCGCACUGCCCGUAGCACCA